AUGGGCAUCCAGGGGCAAGCCUCCUGCAGAGGAGUUGCUUGGGGCUACCAAGUCACCCUCUGCAGUGAGCUGGCAAAGCCCCUGGUCUCACAUGGUGUCCCAUCCCCUCCUCUUCAGCCCCACCAGGUCCCAGGGGGUGUCCAUUACUGUGUUAAUUUUGCUGGUAUCUUGGCCUGCCAGGGAUUCUAUCAGGAAAACCAUGCUCUUCCCUUCACUCCUGCCGGAGCAGACAGAGAGGAGGUGAAGAAGCUCACAAGCAGCAGAGAGGUCAAUGUGGCCAUCAAGGCUGUCAGCAGGGACGUGCCCAAGGCAGCUCUGCAAAGUUUGGCAUGGGAGGGCAGGAUUGUGGGGACAGAUUUUUCCCAAAGAAAAAUCCCCUCAAUUCCCAUCAAGCUGCUGCUUCUGCAGAAUGCGUCUGCCCUGGGAGCAUUGAGUUGAUACAAGGAAGAUGAUUUCCCUGUUUUUUCCUUUACUAUCUCCUCCAUUCUGCAGUAUUGCCAGGAGGGGAAUAUUCAUCUCCAUGCUGGAGCACUCUUCAAACUGGAAGAGAUGCCUGGGGGAGUUCGGGAUAGAGUCUCCAGGCAGGAAUCCCUGAUCGCUUGUAGAGUGAGGCUGAUCUUGCACAAUAAGGACUUAGAUGAGGCAACGCUGGGGUGGACCCUGACUCUAUCCUGCCCAAAUUCUGCCCUGGGCAGCGGGUAG